ACCUGGGCAGGUAUAGGGGUCUGGGCGCGAGUUACCUGGGCAGGUACAGAGGUGGGAUACGGAUCAACUGGACACUUCAGGGGAUGUGGCGUGGGUCACCUGGACAGGUGUGCAGCUCGCUGGGCGAGUCCCUGUCCUGGGAGGCGGGGCCACCAAGAGCACCUUCCUCUUCCUGGGCAGCUGCCCCAGUUUCGUCGCCACUGGAGCAGACAGGCUCGGGUCACAAUGAAUAACCCUAUACCUUCCAAUUUGAAGUCCGAAGCAAAAAAGGCUGCUAAAAUUCUAAGAGAAUUCACAGAAAUAACAUCCAGAAAUGGACCUGAUAAACUCAUUCCUGCCCAUGUCAUCGCCAGAGCAAAGGGCCUUGCGGUUCUGUCUGUGAUCAAGGCAGGAUUUCUGGUCACUGCCAGAGGAGGCAGUGGCAUUGUGCUGGCUCGUCUUCCAGAUGGAAAGUGGUCUGCACCCUCAGCUAUCGGCAUCGCAGGGCUUGGUGGAGGAUUUGAGAUGGGAAUCGAGGUGUCAGAUUUGGUGAUCAUUUUAAAUUAUGACAGAGCAGUAGAAGCUUUUGCCAAGGGAGGAAACCUGACCCUCGGAGGGAACUUCACGGUGGCAGUUGGGCCAGUGGGGAGGAAUUUGGAGGGAAAUGUCUCCCUCAGAAGCACUGCGGCUGUCUUUACAUACUGCAAAUCAAGGGGACUCUUUGCUGGCAUAUCUUUAGAAGGUAGCUGUUUGAUUGAAAGGAAAGACACAAAUCGAAAGUUUUAUUGUCAAGAUAUUCGAGCUUAUGACAUUCUGUUUGGAGCCGUGCCUCGGCCUGCACAAGCAGAAGAUCUUUAUGAAAUUCUUGAUUCCUUUACUGAGAAGUAUGAGAACGAAGCACAGAGGAUCAAUGCCAGAAGAGCUUCACGGGAGCUGAGGAAGGCUAAAGAAUUACCCCCCAAACCAUCUUCAAGACCCCAGCAGCCACCUGCACAAACCCAGCUGAGCCCUGACUUCAAAGAUAACAGAAAUGAACAUAAGCUCUAUCCUGAACUUUCCAGCUAUCAUGAGAGAUGUGGCAAUUCGAAUCAGCCGACUAUAGUGACAGCAUUAUAUUCCUUUGAAGGACAGCAGCCAGGGGACUUGCCAUUUCAAGCUGGAGACAGAAUCACUGUUACGUCGAAAACAGAUUCCCAUUUUGAUUGGUGGGAAGGAAAGCUUAGAGGUCAAACUGGCAUUUUCCCAGCCAACUAUGUUACCAUGAAUUAAAGUUUAAAUUUUCUUCUUUCAGAACUUCAGGGAAAUUAUUUCCACCCUGACAGGGUUCGCCAGCCCAGUAAGCAAUGUUAACAUAAGAGUAGAAGUACUUCUGUUAUUCCAUAAGUUUUUAAUUCAGUGUAUGAAAUACUGUUUUUCUAUAUACAAGUAAUUAGUUGCCUAUCUUUAAAUAAUUUGUACUAUUUUUUUUCACAUUUGACAUUGAAUAGUUAAUAUCUUCCAUUUCUGAUGACCACAGUUCUCUAGUGUUCAUUUUCAAACAUCACUACACAUUUGAUCUGGCUAUGUAUGGUCCCAGUUUAUUUGUAUUAGGAAGUCUGUUUUACAGAGUUGAUGGAGAAGGAGUAGCGGCAUAAAUAGGACAGUAGUGAUACUUAGAUUGUAGUCAUUGGCUAGGAUAUGAAUCCUUAAAGUCAUCUUUAUGCCUUCUAAAUUCAUAUUUGUAAUAGAAACAUGUCAUUACGAAGUCCAACUACUAUGCACUAAAAAUGACAUAUAUUAUUUUUUCUUUAUGUGGUUUUGUUUGUUUAUCCCGAGAAGUAGAAUCAGUUUACAUUGACCUGUGUUGGUAUUCUUCGUGUUGGUUUGGCCCCCUUCCCCUUACCUCUGAGAGAAAUGGUUUGGUCCUUGCUAGUUUCGCACCCCUCUUUCUCCCCACCCCGGUAUGCUAAGGACGUCCAGAGUCCCAGCAGCAGCGGAAAGAAAAACAUGGGGAAGCACAUGGUGUGGUGAUUUGCCCGCUCGUGAAUAAAGAUAUACAGCUUCUCAGCCCAGCCGUGUGUCCCCGAGUCAGUCUCUGUUCACCACCGCGAAGCUAGCCCGGCCUGCUGGCGCCCCCGAAACAUUAACAACAAAUGGUGCCCAUGUGGACCUGACCUGCGCAUCUCUCAGAUAAGUGAAGACAAUUUGGCUACCUAUGUACUAUGGCCUUCUCUUCUGCUUGUGAAGAGAUCUCCAAAGGCCUCUGCCCUUUCUUUACGAGACUAUUUCGCUGUUUCUGGAACAUUUAUCUCUGGACCACUCUGUGGUUUCCGCCCAACGCCAGCCCGCAUGAGCCCAACGCCAGCCCGCAUGAGCUGGCUUUCCUCUGUGUGGCACAGGGCAUUGGGCGCCGGCUCCCUCCACGCUGCUCGGCCGCUGGGAGCAGGGCAGCAGACAUGGCAGGGCC